AUGAUAUUCCCAGUCGUUAGUGGAAAGCGUGUCGCAAUUCCAGUCAAUUCGCCUGAGGUUUAUCCAAUAGAAUCGUUGAAUAAAGACGGUGUUUCUGGGGGUUGUGCAGACCAGCUCGCAAAACAAGUUGUCAAAACCAUUAAAGAAGCCUAUGGUGAAGAAGAAAGCUUCGAUCUGAAAGCAACCUGGCAAGGUACCUGUUGUGAUGGACAAUAUCAAGCAGAUGGAUUUAAAACUACCAUUUAUCAAGAGCUUGGUGUCCUGAUUGAUCCUGUGUUUUCAGUGGUAGUUUGGGACCAAUCCCAUUGGAUAAAUCUUGCCAUACUCGAUAUCAAAGAUGGAAAGAUUGGCUCAUCGUCUGGCUUCUUGACAUCUCUUGUGAAGAGGUCAAAGAAUAUCCAUUCAACGUUCCAAAGGGGAAAGAUGCUGAGUAGUGUUAUAGCGCUCGCAAAUUCCGAGAAGCUCAAGCUAAAGAUGACAAGAGGCAAUUGUGCAACAAGAUUUUGGUCAUCACAAUACAUGGAAUUCAACACCGUCAUUAAGAGCUACAAAGCUUAUACAACUGCCUUCAGAAGCUAUGGCUACAGUGAAAUGAAAGAAUAUGACAUUCUCGGCACAAACUUUGUGUUAGACCUAUGUUGCAUAUGUGAUUCAAUGAAAAGUGUUGUUGACUUGAUGAUUGCUGUCCAAGGACUGGGCUGCCCUUGUUGGAAAAUAUGCAUAUGGUGGCCCCAUGUAAAAGCAUUUUUAGAAAGUCUACUUGAGGAAGGUAUAAUUGACCCUUCUGAGUCGAUGCCCAUCUUGAAGAACCACGUUGAUGAAAUAAUGAAGGGAAGUUUCAAGGGCCAGAAGCUGGUGCAAGGAUGGAAACUGGUGUCUCAAGAUGAAACCAAUUGCUAUUGGGAAGCAAGAGACAUUGGGGAUUGUCAAAGCAAUUUCGAAGUAUUUGUCAAAGAUACAGUAGAGUCAAUGAGCAGAAGAUACGACAUAUGCGUGCCAAUCAUGUGCGAAAUGUUGACGUGUCUUGAUUUAGAGUCCAUCAUCACUUUGCUAUGUGGUAAAAGGCGAGAUGGCAAGCCAUGCAUAAAUGAGGGAGAUCUUGAAGAAUAUGGGACGGAAGGCUUCAAGGCAUUUAUAAGUCAUAUAUGCAGCAUUACGCAUGUUAAAUUGGCCAUUGAGGAUGGUGCCAUUGAUCUUGACCCUCGGCUAAGUCACAUUGUGCACCAAAAAUUGAAGCAAGCACUCAAAGAUAUUUUGUGGCAGGGUAGAGAAACCAUGAUCAAUUGGUUUGAUUACGUCCCGUCUGAGAUCAGUGGGAAAAUUAAACCUCUUUCUUCUGUUAGAAGAAGAAAGGAGAAAGUAUUGGAAGACCACUCGUCCCAGUUGUUUGUCACCACUAGAUUUCAUAUGCGAUUCACGAAAGGUGAGAAGAUAUACACAGUCCAGUUGAACAAGCCCGCGGUUUAUUUGUCGUUGUAUACAGAUGAAUGUGUGUAUUCCAAACUUGGCAAAGAAAUAUGUUUGGUCAUCGAUAUUGCACUUGCAAAAGGUGGACCUGAAGCAAUCGUCGAGUCAUUCUACUCCUUGAUGAAGUGCCACAAGAAAGCUGGUGGUCAAAAUAAUGAAAACCUUUCCUUACGAACAAAGUUAGACUCGAGCUUGCCCGGACCGUUGCAAGCUGAUCGCAUGGUUAAGGAAGUUGCCCCACUUUAUCUUGACGGAAACAAGAAGAAAGGCCUAAAACCUCAUUGGUUACCUGUUAUCAGGGACAAAUGUAACUAUAAGACAAGCAAAGUUAUUGACAGAAUUGAAAAUGCUGAUACUAAGUUGCCAUAUGUUUUGUAG